AUGUCCAUAAGCCCACCCGCAAUAUACCGAAACCCAAUCCUUGCUCGAAUUGGGGGCAGCGCCAGCAGCGUUGUGCUCGGCGCACUGCCCUACAAAGGCGCCGACUGGUCCUCUGUGCUGGUCGAAGAAGCAGCCGGAAAGCAGUACAAGAACAGCGCUGGCAGCGUGCAGCCGCUAGAAAGCAUUCUGAAAGCCUCGGGCGUCAACACGGUGCGCCAGCGCGUGUGGGUCAAUCCCUCCGACGGCAAUUACAAUCUCGACUACAACAUCAAGCUGGGGCGGCGCGCCAAAGCCGCAGGCCUCGUGGUGGCAUUGACGCUGCAUUACAGCGACAGCUGGGCCGAUCCAGGCAAACAGGUUACGCCUGCGGCGUGGCGCAGUCUGAGCAAAGAUGCGCUGGUAGCUAAAGUGUACGACUACACCAAGAACGUCAUCAACACGUUCCAGAGCAACGGCGUGCCGCUGAGUAUCGUGUCGAUUGGCAAUGAAAUCACGCCGGGCCUGCUAUUCCCCGUCGGCCAGCUCUCCGGUAACAGCCAGGCGGCGGCGGCCAACGUGGCGGCGCUGCUGAAAUCCGCGAGCAAAGCCAUCAAAGAGUCGAGUAUGAGUCCCAAGCCGAAAAUCAUGAUUCAUCUGGAUAACGGCUGGGAUGGGUCUCGCCAGCAGUGGUGGUACGAUCUCGUGCUUGGUUCUGGCGGCGGCUUGUCGCUCGCCGACUUUGAUGUCCAGGGCGUGUCGUACUACCCGUUUUACUCUGCGAGCGCCACGCUGGCGGCGCUGCAGUCGUCGAUUAAUGCCAUGGCGUCCAAGUACGGCAAGGAGGUCAUGGUUGUCGAGACGAAUUGGCCGAGUUGGUGCCCCAAUCCAAAGUACCCCUUCCCGGCAGACACAAAGUCGAUUCCCAUUUCCGUUGAUGGACAGGUGACGUGGAUGAAGGAGGUGGCCAAGAGGGUCGCUGCAGUGCCUGGCGGAAAGGGUACUGGUCUCUUCUACUGGGAGCCUGCGUGGAUUGAUAAUGCGUCGCUCGGCAGCAGCUGUGGCUGGAAUGUCAUGUUUGGUGAUGACGGCAAGGCCAUGAGCAGUCUGCCUGUGUUUGCAUCGAUCUAG